AUGGGGUGCUGCAUUAGCACGGCCAGUACCUCCCCCAAAACUCCCAAAUUUCCCAAAACUGCCCCAAUAAACAGCAGUAUUAGCAAAUCGCCACCCCGAAUCCUCGAAGAGGAAACUGUCAAGGAGGUCCUAUCGGAGAUCCGCACCGUCCCCAAAACCCCUCCGGGCCGGGCCCACGGAGCUCAUCGCCACUUCGAGAGCCCAUUUGUUAGAAACGGGCCUUUUCCGCCCGUAAAUGCCAGCAAGGACCCCCACAACGGCGUCAGGAAGCCGCACCCGGCGUUCGUCGGCGGCGGCGACGACCUGUCCGAGGAUGUCGGCUCCGAGAUCUGCAGCACCCUCGGCGAGUGCGAGAGCGUCGGCACAAAUCCGGCGGAGAAGGGAGAAGAAAAGGGCGGGGGUCAGAUCCGGCAGAUGUCUCCGGCGAGGCGGAGGGACGCGCCAUUUAGCAGCGAGGUGAAAAGGGAGAGGCCCGUCGGCAGAUCUCCGGUCCGGAGGUCCGACCCCUCCCCCGGACGCGCUAGACCCGGAAACGGGUCCGGAUCCGGGUACGGAAGGAGAAGAGACGCCGGUGAGAGCUCCGGCCGGCGGUCGAAGUCUCCAGUGACGCGCAUUGAUUCUGGGCCGAUGAAAACGGGCUCCGGACUGAGCCCGUCUGCGAGGAAAACUGGUAAGUCUCCGGGUCGGACUGGAUCCGGGUCGGGUCAGCGGGUCAGGAAACUGGAUGAGGAAAGGACGGGUGGUGGAGACGAGAAGUGGCCACCGACAAUUGCUAUAUAA